AUGGGCCGUCGCGUCGAACACCCCUACGCGUGGCUUUUCAGUGCCUUCGCCGCUUUGGGGGCUUGCCUGUACGGCUACGACGGCGUGUACUUCACGGGCGUCAGCGAAAUGGGCGUCUUCCUCGAGCACUUCGGCACGCCCAAGGCCGACGGCAGCGGCGAUUACGAGAUCAAACCGGCGGAACUGGCGGUCAUGACCUCGAUGAUCAACGUGGGCGAGCUGGUGGGAUCGCUGACGGCCGCCCCGUUGAACGACUUUCUUGGCCGCAAGGGCGUCUUCCUCGUCGGCGCCGUGACCGUCAUCGUCGGCGUUAUCCUGCAGCUGUCGACCGAUCACAGUCACGCAUACAUCAUCGGCGGCCGCAUCAUCCUGGGCUACGGCGUCGGCGCCUUCUCGUCGACGAGCCCGCUGUACAUUGGGGAAGUAGCGCCCACGCACAUCCGCGGCCCGCUGCUCAUGUGCUGGCAGCUCACGCUGUCUGUCUCGCAGAUCGUGGCCGCCGCCAUCAACCGCGGCACCGAGUCUCUGACCACCACAGCCGCCUACCGCAUCCCCAUGGCUGUGCAGCUCAUCUUCCCGCUGCUCGUCCUGACCUUCUUGUGGUGGGUGCCCGAGUCCCCGCGCUGGUUGCUGCGCAAAGGCAAGGGCGAAAAGUGCGACGACGCCCUACACCUCAUCCACCGCGAGGACAAGGCUUACUCAUCGCACGCCGACAUGCUCGCCCUGCAGAAGGACCUCGACGACGAGGCCGCCCUGGCCAAGAACUCAUCGUGGCUCGAUCUCGUGCGCGAUCCCAUUGAGCGCCGCAAGGUCCUCUAUUCGGCCGGCGCCCUGAUUGCCCAGCAGAUCAACGGCAUCCAAUGGUUCUACUAUUUCGGCACCAACUUCUCCCAAGCCAUUGGCCUUGACGAUCCCUUUCUCAUGACUUUGAUCGUCUUCAUCAUUCAGGUUGUCGUUGUGUUCGCCGCCGUCCUGUGCGCCAACAAGCUCCCCCGCAGGCCUCUUCUUCUUAUAACCACCGGCAUCAUGGCCGUCUCCAUCUUUAUCGUCGGCUGUCUGGGCAUCCCUGGCGGCGAUGUGUCCGAAACCUUUGGCAAGGUCAUCAUCAGUUUCGUCAUCAUUGAGAUUACCGCUUUCAACUUUGCCUGGGGACCGCUCGGUUGGACCAUCGCGUCCGAAAUGGCCGUCGGCCGCAACCGCAACAAGAUCUACGCCAUCGCCGUCGCCUGCUUCUGGGUCACCGUUUGGGUCAUCGUCUUCACCCUGCCGUACCUGUACUACAAGGCUCAUUUGGGCCCCAAGACCGGCUUCGUCUACACCGGCCUCUGUUUUGUGUCGCUGGCGUACGUGUGGUUCUGCGUCGGCGAGGUCACCGGCCGGACGAUGGAGGAAAUCAACGACUUCUUCAUGAAGGGCAUUCCCGCGCGCGAAUGGGCUCAACAGCCACGCAAGCCGCACCCAGAAGACGGAUCCGACACUUAUGAAGUUACGAACGAGAGGAUGAAGAACGCUGAGCACACUUGA